AUGCAAGCACCAGAUGGCAUCGCAAACUCUACGACGUACAAGUCGUCGUACCAACGCUAUAAACAUCUCUCAAAUACCUUUACAACGUGGUUGCUGUCCACGUACGAGACCAUCAAUACCGCACGACGAGGCCCCAGCAAGCAUCCCGACACGUCUUCAUCGAGACCGCCUAAAAAGCCUCUUAAAACAACUGUCGCAGACCUCGAAGGCUUUGCGAAAGCCAUCGUCUCGUCGCCAAACCAUGGACUCACCAAGGUCCCAAGGUCAAUCCUCGACUGCCUCUACAAGAUAAUCCAGCGCCGUUCAGAGGCCCACGUCUACUACUCUUGUCGCUCCGACUCGGAUCUGGCUUCGAACAAGAGCCAUGCUCACUUUAUCGGCAUCCUCGAGCGAAUCUUCGACACCCUCGGAGGAGAGACGUGGCUAGAUGAACAGAUAAAGAUCCGAGAGGACCAAGUAAAGAAGAUGCAGCGCAUGGCCGAUACCAAUUGCGCAGCAAGCAACCCGCCCUCCGUAUCGCCAAACCGAUUCUUCGAGCUGCAUUCGACCUGUUCGGAAGCAGAAGAAGAAUUUGAGUCGGACGUAGAUGAGCAACCUAGCUGGUCGUCGCAACAAUCCUCGUCUAGCGAUACAAAACCGUCCAAAGGUCGACGUCGCCGUUCGUCGGCUACCGCCAAGCAAUCCCGGAAGCGAUAUGCGGACAAGUACGCCAACAUAAAUCUUGGUGGCGACGAUUCGGAUGAAUGGUUUACUCGAUUCUGUUUCCUUGACGAUCUGAAUAUGCUCCGUGCGCAUGUACGUCGCCUAUGGUCAGAAUGGGCCGCAUCUCCAACACUCAAGGGACUCGUCGUCGCUGCGACUGCGACGGACGUUGCAGUAAAGAUGGCAGAGAGCUUGGAGAUCAAGAUGGUGGGAGAGAUGCUUAACCCCUCUUUUAUGAGUUCUAUGGACGCCAAGGAGCUUCAGGCGUCUUUGGAUGCGUUUGAAGACAUGGUGCGAGCGAGCGAGGACUGGACCUUGCAUUUCAUGGAACCAUAUCACCAAGUUCUCGCCGAGGCAGCUGCCGAGAACUCGGCUACACCAUGCACAACAAUGACUGUUUCUCAAGCACGGCGAAUCGCUCCGCCUUUUCAAACAUGGGGAGAGAAACCUCUUGACGAAUCAGCCAUGCGGCUUGUUCGGAGGCACCAUUGGUCACAGUUUAUGGAAAGGGUAACCAGCCACGCAUUUGAUGAUCCCCUGCUGUCUGCUGGUGAGAGUACGCUUACCCAACUGGCUCGCUCUGGCGUCAGAGCCCCAACUCCAUCGAUUCCUCGAUUGCGACAACUGACGGAGUCGGAAGAAGAAUGCUUCAACAAUUCGGACGAGCCGCAGCAGGUUAACUCGACUAUUGUUGUGCAUAGUCACGUCAAACCAUGUCUCCUAUUCGCCUCCCAACUCUACCUAGACAUAUCCGCCAUUACCCUCAACAUCGACUUUCCAUAUCAAGAGAGCGUUGCGUUGCUCGGGAAGAAGAUUUACAAAUAUAUGAGCUGGCUAUCGUGCCAAACACUCAAGAAGCACGUCACCUCUUUUGCACUGACUCCGACCAUGGUACUUUCUCCCAUCGACGACGACAUCCCAGCAAUAUCAGAAAGGCGAACUCACGCUUCCAAAUCGCUGGCUUCACGCGGCGUCUGGCAAGAAGGCAUGGGAGAUUUUGGCCGCCUCGUUGGAAUCCGUAUUGCGCAAGACGUCUCGUUCGAAUUCAGCAAGACUGCCGUUGCCCUUACAUCGCCAAAAGCGGAUAUUUGCCUUAGUCCGUGGACAUGGGGCUCAAGAGCUACGCACCUACUAACAGAAUCGCUACGAUAUGGGGCCCGAACGUACAACGAAGGUGGAAUGUUUAUUGCUGUCGCGCAUGUCUAUAAUGCGAUGCGCGAAACUCAGCUCGAUAUCCCGGCAUGGCCUCAGAUGGAGGGUUUUCUCCAUAUACAUGGCUCGGACGUAUUCAAUGGAAAUCGCCCAACCACGUCACAAGCGGAUUCGAACGCCGAAUUCUUCUAUAACAGAUGGCGCCUCCGGAUGGGUCUCCCGCGGGAGAAAUGGUCCUCCCGUUCAUCAAACGCAUGUUCCGGCUCUCAGAUGGCCAAACCUGACGCGCUGGGUCCUGCACUCGCGCUCAAGAGGCCAAAGUUAGGCACAGGUCGCAAUCUCGAGGGGAUAUCCAAGGAGGUGCUAGCUAGCAGAUUGGUCGAACGUGGGAUGCAUUUAGACACAGACGCGUUCAAACUGCUCUCACCGCUUACUCGAGACCUGCGAGGAGCAGAUCUGCGAGCUGUCUCAAACGCAAUGGAGAACAGGCUACGGGAGGACAUGGAUAAGCUCUCCAAAAACCUCUUCGCCAUGGAAGCAUUCUGCCAGCGAGUUAUCGAAAGAGUCGUCAUCUCGAUCCCUCCUGAUCUUCUCCGAGAAUUUCUGGCCAGCUGUGGGCUCAUGCCCUACGAAGACGAGGACAGUGCCACUUUUCCUCGCUGGGAGGUUCGAGAGAACCUGCCGGCGUUUGCGGCGCUCGUUCUCUUAUUCUUAUGGAACUAUCACCCAUUGUGCUCGGUCUGGGCGCAAGUCCUCAUCGCGGUAGCAAAUGAGAACGUUGAUACCGAUAUGGCGCUCCUCGAUGACGAUGUUGCGGUUGAAACGGUCAAGGACGGCGCACGCGUAGAAGAGAUAGACUGA